AUGGGCACUCCAGUUAAUAUCAGUGUCGGAUCUUAUGUUUGGGUUGAAGACCCAUCAAUAGCAUGGACUGAUGGACAAGUAUCAAAGAUAAAUGGGGAGGAAGUUGAGAUUCAGACUAUUGAUGGGAAGACGCUUGUUGCAAGUCGGUCAAAAAUAUAUCCGAAAGAUGAAGAAGCUCCUGCUGGUGGAGUUGAUGACAUGACCAAGCUAUCAUAUUUGCAUGAGCCUGGAGUACUGCAAAAUUUGGCGACUAGAUAUCAACUCAAUGAAAUCUACACCUAUACUGGAAGUAUUCUUAUCGCCAUUAAUCCAUUCCAAAGGCUGCCUCACUUGUAUGAUGCUCAUAUGAUGGAACAAUACAAGGGAGCACCAUUCGGAGAACUGAGUCCUCAUGUUUUUGCAAUUGCAGAUAUUGCUUACAGGGCAAUGAUCAAUGAGGGAAAAAGUAACUCUAUAUUGGUCAGUGGUGAAAGUGGGGCUGGUAAGACUGAAACUACCAAAAUGCUUAUGCGCUACCUUGCCUAUUUGGGUGGCCGUAAAGGCACUGAAGGACGGACUGUGGAACAACAAGUUCUAGAAUCGAAUCCAGUUCUUGAAGCAUUUGGUAAUGCAAAAACUGACAUUGAGAAAUAUAAGUUGGGCAAUCCGAAAUCAUUUCACUAUCUUAAUCAAUCAAAUUGCUAUGAACUCGUUGGUGUUAGUGAUGCUCAUGACUAUCUUGCCACUAGGAGAGCCAUGGAUAUAGUUGGAAUAAGUGAGAAAGAACAGGAUGCAAUUUUCAGAGUUGUGGCUGCAAUUCUCCAUCUUGGCAAUGUUGAAUUUGCUAAGGGGAAAGAAAUUGAUUCAUCAGUUCUAAAGGAUGACAAAUCCAAAUUCCAUCUUCAAAUGACUGCAGAACUUUUGAUGUGCGAUCUUCAUGCAUUGGAAGAUGCACUACUGAAGCGUGUGAUGGUAACCCCAGAAGAAGUUAUCAAGAGAAGCCUUGAUCCUCAUGGUGCAACAAUUAGCAGGGAUGGUUUAGCUAAGACAAUAUAUUCCCGCUUGUUUGACUGGUUGGUGGAUAAGAUUAAUUUCUCAAUUGGGCAAGAUGCUAACUCAAAAUCUCUGAUUGGGGUCCUUGACAUAUAUGGUUUUGAGAGCUUCAAAACUAAUAGUUUUGAGCAGUUUUGCAUCAAUUUCACAAAUGAGAAGCUUCAGCAACAUUUCAACCAGCAUGUAUUCAAGAUGGAGCAAGAGGAGUACACAAAAGAGGAGAUUGACUGGAGUUACAUAGAAUUUGUUGAUAAUCAAGAUGUCUUGGAUCUUAUUGAAAAGAAACCUGGAGGGAUCAUUGCUCUGCUUGAUGAAGCCUGUAUGUUUCCGAAGUCAACUCAUGAAACAUUUUCACAAAAGCUUUAUCAGACAUUCAAAGCUCACCAACGUUUUAUCAAGCCGAAAUUGUCUCGCACUGAUUUCACGAUUGCUCAUUAUGCUGGAGAGGUUCAAUAUCAAUCUGAUCAAUUUCUCGACAAAAACAAAGACUAUGUUGUUCCUGAACAUCAAGAUCUGUUAAGCUCUUCCAAAUGCACUUUCGUAGCAGGCCUUUUCCCUCCACUUCCUGAGGACACAGCCAAAUCUUCAACAAAAUCUUCUAAGUUUUCGUCUAUUGGUUCUCGUUUUCGGCUACAACUCCAACAACUGAUGGAGACUUUAAAUUCUACAGAACCACACUACAUUAGAUGUGUGAAGCCCAACAAUCUUCUUAAACCCGCUGUUUUUGAGAAUGUCAACGUCAUGCAACAACUACGUUGUGGAGGUGUUCUUGAGGCAAUUAGAAUCAGUUGUGCUGGAUAUCCUACUCGGAAGACUUUUUUUGACUUUCUAAAUCGAUUUGGUCUUCUUGCACCCGAGGUUUUGGAAGGGACUUAUGACGAAAGGGUCGCAUGCAAACAGAUUUUAAGUAAGACUGGGCUCACAGGGUCUCAGAUAGGAAAGACGAAGGUUUUCCUACGAGCUGGUCAGAUGGCUGACUUAGAUGCACGGAGAGCUCAAAAACUUAGCAAUGCAGCCAAGACUAUUCAAAGGAAGAUCAGAACUCAUAUUACUCGUAAACAAUUUGUUGCAUUGCAGAAAGCUUCUAUUUUUAUACAAUCCGUAUGUAGAGGAAGGCUUGCUUGCAAAUUGUAUGAAAAUAUGAAAAGGGAGGCAGCUUCUCUUAAAAUUCAGACGAAUCAGCGUGGACACCAGGCCAGGAUGGCCUACAACAAACUGAAGUUCUCUGCCAUUGUCUUGCAGACAGGUUUGUGGGCAAUGGCUGCUCGUAAUGAAUUCAGGCACAGAAAGCAAACCAAGGCAGCAAUUAUUAUGCAGGCCCAUUGGCGGGGUCAUAGAGCUUUUUCAUACCAUAAAAAACUCAUAAGGGCAUCAGUUGUUACACAAUGCAGAUGGAGGGGGAUAAUAGCCAGGAAAGAGCUUCGCAAAUUAAAGAUGGCCGCAAGAGAAACAGGUGCCCUCAAAGAAGCAAAGGAUAAGCUUGAAAAACAGGUGGAAGAACUCACAUGGCGUUUGCAGCUGGAAAAACGUUUGAGGACUGACAUGGAAGAAGCAAAAGGGCAGGAAAUAGUGAAGAUGCAGCAUUCCUUGCAAGCUAUGCAAAGCAAAGUUGAUGAAACAAAUGAAUUGCUUGUCAAGGAAUGUGAGGCUGCCCAAAAAGCAAUUGAAGAAGCUUCUUCUCUUGUCAAAGAAACCCCAGUUCCUGUCGAAAAUACUGAAAAGGUUGAGGCUCUAACUUCAGAAGUGGAAAAUUUGAAGGUCUUGUUGCAAUCUGAAAAACAUCGAGCUGAUGAUUAUGAAAGGAAAUAUGCAGAGGCCCUGGAAUCAAGUGAGGAGAAGUGUCAGAAACUAGAAGAAACUGAAAGAAGAGUUCAUCAACUCCAGGAAUCUUUUAACAGAGAGCUAGAUGAUGUGGUUGUUGACGCUAUUGAAGAAUGUCCCAAUGGAGAAAAUGUGAUUUCUGAUGCUGUCACGGCUUCUUCGAAAAGAGAUGACCAUAUCAAUUCUAAUAUGGGAUAUCAUGCUUCAAGGCGUGCCGCUUCGAGGCUUGUGUUUUAUUAUAACUUCACAUUACAACUUCGUGGUCAACUUCUUGAACAUAAGGGCUUGAUUCGAAACAUAUGA